AUGAGCGAAACCAUACAGCACACUGCUCUUGCCAGCGUGGCGCGCGCAACAAGCAUCUUGACCGACGACAACUUGCCACGCACCGUCGAUGAACUCAUCAGGACCCAAGUAAAGAUCAUUCCAGACAACCAAAUCAUCUCCCAUCCGACGUCAGGGACCGACUACGUUGACUACAGCCUCCAGCAACUGGCCACCUUUGCCCACCGCGUCGCACAGCAGUAUCGGCAUGUCUUUCCACCCCGGAACGACUCUUCCGAGAAGGCUAGCGUGGUCGCCCUUGUUGGAGUUUCCGAGCUCGAUUACAUCGUCACCAUGCUGGCCCUGACCAAACUGGGCCACUCGGUGCUCUUGAUGUCACCUCGUCUGACAAGACCGGCGUAUGCUCAUCUCAUGACCACCACCGUCUCGACGCACCUCGUGUACAACUCGGCGUUUAAGCAAAAGGCCACCGAGCUCCAGGAAGAGUUUUCUGACCUCGUCGUCGCCGAGAUGCCAAGCCUCAAGGACUACGGUCAUUCGGUCCUGAAGACUGACAUAAGCGCCAAUGCCUUGAUGACCCCUGGCCUGAGCCUCGAUCGGGAGACAAGCCAAGUCGCUUGGAUCUUCCACUCCAGCGGUUCCAACGGGAUGCCGAAGCCCAUCUACAUCACUCACAAGGCGGCGCUGCGCAACUACCGGCGUGAUAUUGAGUACCUCGGUCAGCGCGUAUUCCUCACAUUGCCCGUGUUCCACACCCACGGCAUCAGCAGCGUGUUCCGCGCGUUCAUGAGCGGGCAGAAGAUUUACAUCUUCAAUGCUUCACUCCCUCUCACCAAACAGAGCCUCAUCAACAGCGUGGAGGACCGCGGAGUGGAGAUUUUCACCACAGUGCCUUAUGCGCUCAAGAUUCUCUACGAGUCGGAGGAAGGUGUUCUGUUCCUCAAGUGCUUCAAGUUUAUCAACUUUGGCGGCGCGCCGUGUCCAGACGAGCUGGGAGAUGCUCUAACAGCCCGAGGAGUGAAGCUGGUCACUGUGUAUGGAAUGGGAGAAUGUGGCCCUUUGAUGACCUCGUGGAGGUCCGAUGGGGACCUUGCUUGGUCUUAUCUCCGUCUGUCAGAAGCUGCUAAGAAACACCUCCGCUUCGAAGAUCAGGGAGACAACACUUAUGAGCUGGUGGUGGGUCCUGGAUGGCCGUCUCUCGUAGCGAAGAACCGGCCGGACGGAGCGUACGCCACGCGGGACUUGUUCGUGAAACACCCGACCAUGGACGCGUGGAAGUACUCUGGCCGAAUCGACGAUGUUAUUGUCCUGGAGAACGGCGAGAAGGCCAACCCUCUACCGAUCGAAGGAGCUGUCCGGCGAAAUGAACUAGUUGCCGAGGCAGUGGUUAUCGGAGUCGGCAAGCCACACUUUGGCAUCGUUAUCAUCCUUUCUGCAGCAGCCAAGAACCUCUCGCACGACGAAAUCCUCAACAAGUUCUCUCCUAUUAUCGAGGAGUAUCAACAAGUGCUGCCCACCUACGCGAAGAUCAGUCGAGACAUGGUGAUCUUGCUCCCAAUCGGGACCGAGUACCCACGUACGGAUAAGGGCACUGUGAUCCGUAAGGCUUUCUACAAAGACUUUGAGAAGGAAAUCGAGGAGAGCUACAUGGACAACGUAUCAUCUAGCUCAACUGAAAUUGGUUCAGAGGAAGAUGUCCACGAUCUGAUUCGGGACACCACGCGGACGGUGCUUGGCCUUCCCGAGGAUCAUGAGGCCCUAACUGAUGAGGCCGACCUAUUUUCCCUUGGAAUGGAUUCUCUUCAAGCUAGCCAGCUACGGACUGUCUUGGCGAAGAAUAUCUUUACAAACGGACAGAGACUGGGAAUGAACAUUGUCUUCGACAACCCGUCCAUCCUUUCUCUUACGCGGUUCAUCCGAAGUAUCCAGCUUGGCACUGAGGGCGAGGGAUCCGAAACUGUUGAAGAGCAGAUGCAGAACUUAAUCGAGAAGUACGGACGCUUUGACAGACCAAAACCUCGAGCAUCACUCAACUCAUCGGUGCAGUCAGUGGUCCUUACCGGGGCAACCGGCUCUUUAGGCGCGCAUCUGCUAGUGACUCUUAUACGUUCGCCAUCUGUCUCGAACGUGUACUGUCUCGUACGGGCCUCCACGGAUCAAAAAGCGACAGCUCGGGUUAUCGACUCACUGCGACAGCGAAGAAUCUACCAUACACUCUCUCUCCAACAGCGCCGAAAAAUUAUCGCCUUGACGGCUGACCUGUCUCAGCCAACACUUGGUUUACAGCCGCAGCAGUACAGCAAGAUCGUGGAAGAGGUUGCCAAGGUAUACCACUGCGCUUGGACCGUCAACUUCAACUGGAGUCUUGCUUCUUUUGAGAAGGUCUCCAUUGCAGGACUGAGGAAUCUCAUCGACCUUUGUCUGAAGGCCCCUGGAGUGCACCCUGCCCAGUUUCUGUUCGCUUCCUCGGUGGGUACCGUUCUUCGCACCAAACUGCCUGUCGUUCCAGAGGCUCUCCCAGACGAUUUCUCGUCUAUGCAAUCUACCGGAUACGCUCAGUCCAAGCUGGUCGCAGAGCACAUUUGCCAGAAUUCUAUCGAAGAGGCCGGAGUUCCAGCUCGCGUCUUUCGUAUUGGCCAGGUCACAGGCGAUACCAAGCAUGGAGUUUGGAAUAGCACCGAUGCUGUCCCUCUUAUGAUCCAGACAGCCACCACUCUGGGCAUUUUGCCUGCAAUAGACGAGCAUCUUCGUUGGCUGCCGGUUGACCUGGUUGCGAAGAGCAUGGUAGAGGUUGCGGACCAUGAUCCUGCCAUCGGGACAGGCCCAGCCUUUUUCAACAUGACCAAUCCAAAGACAUUGCAUUGGACUAAUGACCUCAUCCCUUACCUUCGACAAGCUGGACUCCAAUUCGACCUUCUCGAGCCUCCCCAGUGGGUCGAACGGCUGCGUACCAACACCGACCCGGUUGCGAACCCAGCCAUCAAACUCAUGGAUUACAUAGAGCGGAAUUACAACAGCACGGCUCCUCGUCGCAGCUUCGACUUUCAAGUUGAUAACAUAACCAAGCUUUCAAGCACAUUUGCUGACAUCAACGCUCCCGACCAGCACCUCGUAACCAAGAUAAUCCGGUAUCUGAGCAAUUCCGCCUGGGCUCGGGCCACUGAAGGGAUAAAUCCAUCCGUAAUCGUCUUAAGUGGCACUCCCAAGACUACCGAGGUCGCCCAUGGUCUGGCUACGACCCUGUCCGCAAGAAUCAACUCGGCGUGCGAGACUGGCUACUCCUGGUUGUGUGCCAACCAUGAUCACAAUGGAGCAGACCCUGCCAAGUCAUCGUCCGUGGUUGAUGCAGGCAUGCUCACGAGGGUUGACCGCGAUCUUUUUCGCGGCAGGGCUAAGGAGAGCAAAAUGUUUCUGGUGGUUCAAGAUGAUCGAGAAACUUCAACGGAGUUUGAGUCAGCGGCCGACGACGAGUUCGAUGUAGUCCCCUUGGAUGGAAGUUUGGGGCAAGAUAUUUUGAUUGAGACUGCGCUGGGAUUUGCACAAUAA